GUGCUAAUUCUGAUUUCUGAAUUCUGCAGAGUCUGGCUUACGUUAUUGGAUUUUGAAUUAAACUUUCCGUCGAAAUGGCGAAAACAAAAGCUGCCAGACAACGAAGGAAAUUUAAAUAUUCAGCUAACAGGAGGAAGAUGUGGAAAAAACAGAAGAGGCUUCCACAUAUCGAUUGUGAGCCUGUUAAGGCUGCAUGGGACAGUAAGAAAUCCGUGAGGGAAAACAUGAGAGCCAUGGGAUUAUCAUCGGAUCCUAACAAGACUCUUCCCAUUAAAACAACUAAGGAGAGGCUUGCCCCUGUCAAUCUCGAUGACUCUAUGGAUGUUGAUGAUAAAGUUACCCGUCCUUCAGGCAAUAAGCAGGUUAUCAAAGAACUUGAAGCCAUAGCUGAUAUGCCCACCAAGAAGAGAGAAAGAAUCUCUGACCCUAUGAUGAUGUAUUGCGCAUACAUGAUGGACAAGUAUGGUACUGAUUAUAAGGCAAUGGCCCGGGAUGUUAAAAAUUACUACCAGGACACUCCAAAGCAGAUCAAGAAGAAGAUUGCGUUGUUCAAGAGCUGUAAAGUUCAGUAUCAAGAGUACCUCGCCAAGAAGUCGGGUGGACAAGAUACAGAGGAUGUCACCAUGAGCUGACAUGUGAGGAUAAUUAAUUAGACAUGACUUUAGUUCAAGAGAACAGACUUAUCAACAGGUGAGGACCACAUCCAGGACACUCAAAAACAAUCAAGGUUACAUCUUUCAAGAGCUGCAAUAAGCAAAGUGCAGUAUCAAAGGGCAUGGAAUGAAGAAGUCCGGAACAACUGUACAAAUAUGUCUCUGAGCUGGUAUGACAGGAUUCGGGACUAUCAGAAGCAUUUUGUCUCUUCGGGAUAACAGCUUAUUCGGAGUGCAAUGCAGAUUUUCAUCUAUUGUUGUCAAAUCUAUUUUGGCCUUCGAAUCCCAUUUGGAUUGAAGUCUACAGAAGAAGCACCAAUCUUUUAUUCUUGAUAUGGUAGCUUCUAUUUUUUACCAUGAUGGGCCCAUGAUAAAAGAAACAAGUUAAAUGUCAGCAGAACAGCUAAUCCUCCCAUGUCAGAGGCUAAAGGUUUGAAGACAGACAGAUUUCCUCAUUUGUAAGGUGUCUUCUUGUAAUUCUCUGUUCUCUUUAGUUUUUUGCUUUUGCUAUUUUCUAAGCACCUUGUGCAUUUGAUCAAAAUGGUAAAGAUGCCUUAUAGAUAUAAAUAUUCUUAAACUAAAGCCUUUUAUUUAUUUUUUAUUUGGGGGGGGGGGGUUGGUGCGUGUAGCUCUUUCCUCUUUCGCAUUUUGAUAUUCAAGCAUAUUCGAUAAGCAUGCAUACAGUAGACACCGAUUCAUUGACAAGAAAGUAUUUUACCACAUGCUAUUCUUGAUAUUUCUGUGGUUUAAUUUCUUAUAGUUAAGAUUAAGAUUAGAAAUUUAUUUUGUGCAAAGACUAGAAUUGUAGUUAUUUGGAAUACAAAAAGAUUUCUCUGUUAAUGAUGUUUCCCCUUCAAAAGUGUCCAGUUCCUAGAAAUCCAUUUUACGGUAAUAUUUUUAUUUUGACUUGAGAGAAAGGCAUUAUAUACUUAUUCAUUUUAUCUUUUUUGUCUAUGAAAUGCCCUGUUGGAAUAUUAUUGAAAUAAUAUUCAAGUGUAUUCUUGUCACUUAUUCAUAUUUUUCAACUGAACUCUCAAAGACGAUGUGAACACAGAUUGUAAGUUACAUGCAGUGAAAAACAUUUAUUGCUAUAAAUAAAAUAUGUCCAGUGCUAUAUUGUGA